GUGACAAGUCGAUCAACUUGUAAACGGAGUAAAGACAACUUUACACUUUACAAUAACCUAAAAUUGUAAAAAAUAUUAUAUUGAACAAUGGAACUCAAUGAAAGGAUUUUAUGUUACUUAGACAAUGUUGAUAAGAUCGAUACUUUAAAACUAGCCGAUGAAUUCGGUGAAGAGCAUCAAAAGAUAAUAGGUGCCGUGAAGAGUAUUGAAGCACUGGAAAUGGUGAAGUCUGAUCCGUUGAAGACAACUAAAUGGGAAUUAACAGAAGAAGGUCAUCAAGUCGCUGAUAAUGGUAGCCAUGAAGCAAUUCUUUAUAGAAGUAUACCAGAUAGUGGAAUUCCUCAAGCAGAAUUAAUGAAAGUUGUACCAAAUGCCAAAGUGGGUUUUAGCAAAGCUAUGUCUUUAGGGUGGAUACUUAUAGACAAAUCUGGAGGGGCACCAUUAGUGAAACGUAAAGUAUCAAGCAUUACAGAUUUGGUACAAAACCACUUGAAUGAGAUCAAAAAAGGCAUAGACAAUCUGCCAGAUAAUGUCAGGAACGAUUAUAAGAAAAGGAAAUUGUUACAAGAGAUCACACAAAAAAGCUUUCUCUUAACAAGAGGGCCACAGUUUUCAACAAUAAUAAAGAAAUUAGAAACUGAUUUGACAAGUGACAUGCUUCUCUCUGGAACUUGGAAACAUUUGCAGUUCAAGCCAUAUAAUUUUGAUGCUUUAGGUCAGCCUCCAGAAUGUGGCCACUUACAUCCAUUACUUAAAGUGAGGUCAGAGUUCAGGGAGAUCUUCUUAGAAAUGGGUUUCUCAGAGAUGCCGACCAACCAAUAUGUGGAAAGUUCCUUCUGGAACUUUGAUGCAUUAUUCCAGCCUCAGCAACACCCUGCCAGGGAUGCUCAUGACACAUUCUUUAUUUCAUCUCCGGCAUCUACAACAGACUUCCCCAUGGACUACCUAGAGAGGGUGAAAAAAGUACAUAGUGAAGGUGGUUAUGGGUCACAGGGCUACAGGUACGACUGGAAGAUCGAGGAGGCGCAGAAGAACCUCCUGCGCACGCACACUACUGCGGUGAGCGCGCGCAUGCUCUACCACCUAGCACAGCAAAAGGAGUUCACACCGCAGAAGUACUUCAGUAUAGAUAAGGUGUUCCGCAACGAGACUCUGGACGCGACGCACCUGGCGGAGUUCCACCAGGUGGAGGGCGUGGUGGCGGGGCGCGGGCUGGGGCUGGCGGACCUCAUCGGCGUGCUGGACGCCUUCUUCCGCCGCCUCGGCUUCCACCAGCUGCAGUUCAAACCUGCAUACAAUCCCUACACCGAGCCCAGCAUGGAGAUAUUCGCUUAUCACACAGGUCUGGGCAAGUGGAUUGAGAUCGGCAACUCUGGCGUGUUCCGUCCGGAGAUGUUGUUGCCGAUGGGUCUGCCUGCAGACGUGAGUGUGAUCGCGUGGGGACUGUCGCUGGAGCGCCCCACCAUGAUCAAAUACGGCCUCAACAACAUCCGAGAUCUCGUCGGCCCCAAAGUUGACCUGCGCAUGGUUCACAACAACCCCAUCUGCAGACUCGAUAAAUAAAUAA